AUGGAAUGUUGGAAGUUUAUAGAAUGUACCGAGUCAGGUCAACCCAUCUUGAGGGAGAAUGAAAAGGAUAUCCUGAUGGAUCAUUCCGUGGGUCUCUACCACGGUAAGCUAAAGAUCGUGAACAGACAAUCUGGUAGGGUGUUCCUUACGUCUCAACGGAUCAUCUACAUCGACGAUGCUAAGCCAACGCAAAACUCAUUGGCUUUGGAAUUGGAUGAUAUCAAAUCCAUUGACUACUCGUCUAGUUUCUUGAAAAAAUCUGCCAAGAUGAUCGUCUUCCUGAAGCAACAGGAGCAACAAAAGAAAGACGCCAAAAAGGACAAGAACCAAGCUUCUUUGACCGCAUUGGUGGACGAAGUAACUACAUGGAUUUGCCCCAUUUGCAUGGUAACGAAUGAAUCUGAUCAAGAUUUAUCAAAAGUGCCUCCCGUCUGUAUCAAUUGUGGUGUAUCCCCUGAUUUCAACAUGAUCAAAUCGUCACUAAACAUUUCAAGAAAUAUUACCAGCACAACCAACAAAAAAUCAAAAGAUGACAAGAAUAAUAAGGAAAAAAAUGUUUGUCCGGCUUGCACAUUUGUCAAUCAUUCGCAGAUAAGAAAUUGCGAAAUUUGUGGGACAAGAUUGCCAAAUGCAAAUAUACGACAUAACAGAUCCAAUGAAUCGUUCAAGGAUUCAAGGAUUAACUUGAUCCUAGAAAAAGAUCAAUCUUCAUCUUCCUCCAUGCCUCCUAGUGUUGAAUUUGUUCAGGUAAGUUUUAGAAAAUCAGAUGGGGUCCUCUUCACUCAAGCUACAGAAAAAACUUUACAAAUAUUUAAUGCAAAGAAUAAUAAAAUCUUUAAUCAAAACGUCAAGUCUAUCAAUGGUGUCGACGUUAAUGCUAAUCUACCUCUCUUGCAAACCAAUUUAAAGAAAAUUGGUAUUACGUCGUUGGAAAGAUCUAGAGAAAAUCAAUUGUUAAAUAACGAUAUUCUUUUCAAUAACGCUCUAUCAGACUUGAAUAGUCUAAUUUCACUGGCGAAUAACAUUGAAAGACUAUAUCGUUCAACCAAAAAUUCACAACAGCAAACAAACUCUUCUUCCCACAGGAUUGCGAAAAAACCUGCAUUAAUUAUUGACAGGGAGAAAUUCUAUAAUAAAGAAUUAUUCUUGGAUGAAAUUGCAAGAGAAAUUUACGACUUCGCCAUGUCUGAAUUUAAUGAGACCACCACAACCACUCAGAAUGAAAACAUCCAUAUUAUGGUUACUUUGGUGGAUUUUUACGCAAUAUAUAACAAAUCAAUGAGGAUUGGUACCGGUUUAAUAUCACCUUUGGAAAUGAAGGAAGCAUGUCAGAGAUUUGAAAAACUAGGAUUGAAUAAUUUAAAAUUGACAAGAAUCAAUAAUAGAGUGCUAUGUUUGUCGACUAAAGAUUCCUUCAACUUUGUCAAGAGCCAAAUAUUGUCUACCAUUGAUCAAAAUCCAGGGUCAGAUUUAUUGAAUUUGACCAAUUUAAUUAAUACACCUUCAACGAAAACCGCAAACAACAACAAAAUGGAAACCAAUAACUGGACUAUUGGUGUCAUUAUGGAAAUACUACAAAAUUGUGUCGAUGAGGGAGAUUUGCUAAUUGAUGAACAAAUUUCUGGAAUUUAUUAUUACAUGAACACGUAUUGGAAAGUUUAA